ACUACGUAUCAUGCUAGCAUGACAUAAUAAAAUCGCUACCUGUCAGGUGCUAGGUGAAACGUCACAGUCGACGCAUAAAAUACGUCUGUCCAGUAACCGGCAGUCGGAUGACGUCACCAGCAACGACCCGAGCAAACUGGAUUCUGUCAGAACGUGAUUUACAGAGAUUAAAGGAUGAGAAGAAUGAGAACCAGAGAAUUCAUGGUGGCAGUAGCUCUUGGUGUGCUGUUUCUCCAUCUGUGUAAUUAUUUUAGUGACCAGAAAACCAUUUGGCUCCAUAAUAAUGAGGGAAAGGUGGAGGAAAAUCAAAUAUGGCAACCCAACAAAAACAGCACCUACAUCUUUUCAUGGUCAGCAUGUCAACAAAAUACAUUUGCUGCCAACACCACAGAUUUCAACUAUCUUCCUGAACAUAUACAAAACUUUCUGUACUAUCGACACUGUCGGCAUUUCCCCAUGCUACUGAACGUUCCAGAUAAAUGUGGAGGAGCGAAUAAAUCUGCAGAUGUCUUCCUCCUUCUGGUCAUUAAAAGCUCCCCAAGAAACUACGAACGUAGAGAGGUACUGCGCAAAACCUGGGCUAAAGAGAGAUUGCACAAUGGUAAGAAGAUUCACAGGGUCUUCAUCUCAGGAACAACUGAUAUCAGUUCUGAAACAGUGAGGCAGAACAAACUACUUGAACUGGAGCAUCAUGAGUACAAUGACAUUCUCCAAUGGGACUUUGUGGACACAUUCCUCAACCUCACACUGAAGCAGAUACUCUUCCUCGAAUGGAUGGAGAGGAACUGUCCGAAUGCUCGCUUCUUGCUGAAUGGCGAUGAUGAUGUUUUUGCCAACACAGACAACAUGGUGGAGUAUCUCCAAAGCCUCAAGGACAAUGAUGGAGGCAAACACCUCUUUGCCGGCCAUUUGAUACAGAAUGUUGGACCCAUCAGAUUAUAUGGAAAUAAGUACUUUAUACCAGUUCAAGUAUAUGUGCCAGAAUCAUACCCCCCUUAUUGUGGUGGUGGGGGCUUCCUCCUGUCUGGCUAUACAGCUAUGGUCAUAUACAAUGUGUCUCAGUACAUUACCAUAUUUCCUAUUGAUGAUGUUUACAUGGGGAUGUGCCUGGCCAAAGCAGGGCUUAGUCCUGUUUCCCAUAUGGGUGUGAAGACUGCAGGAAUAAACAUUCCCUCCAGUAAAGUGGACGAUUAUGACCCUUGCUAUUAUAAAGAUAUGUUAUUGGUGCACAGAUUCAUUCCUGGUACCACAUAUCUUUUGUGGCAAAAAAUACAUGACCCUGAUCUAAAAUGUGAAAACACAUUAGUAUCAUGAAAUUGUACCAUAUCUGGUUGUCACUGACGUUAUGAGCCUGUACAAGGUCUUUUUACCUGCAUCACAGGAGCAUGUUUGAAGUGAACCUACAUCUGUUUGUAAGGUGUUUGUUGUACUUUACUGUUUGUAAGUAACCUCAGGAAGCAAAUAAAUCAUAACCACAACAUCUAUCUAAUGACAUUGCUUCCAUAUCGCCUCUGUGUAUCAAGUUGUUGUUGUUUAAUGAGUGGUGAAAGCUGCACUGCAUUCAGAUAAACAGAAAAUGAAUUUUAAAAAUAUGUAACCAUUACUCAAUGCUAAGUCCCUAAACCAGGGGUGUCAAACUCAUUUUAGUUCAGGGGCCACAUAUAGUGCAAUUUGAUCUCAAGUGGCCCGGACCAGUAAAAUCAUAGCAUAUAUAACCUAUAAAUAACAAGAACUCCA